CAUUGUUGAUAAAUAUCACCUCACAAAAACAAACACAAAACCAAAAGCCUACAAAAUGAAGCCACAAAGCCCUUUGUUUGUCAUAGCCUCAUCCCUUUCCUUGUUAAUUGUUGUAUUAUUAGCAAUGAAAUGCUUAAAAACAGUUGAUUCCCUCACUAACAUUCAUUAUCGAGGGAAUGAAACCGAUUACAUGGCAUUGUUGGCCAUUAAGAGUCAAUAUAGGAUUAUGACAUCAUUAACUUAUAUUUAUUAUUUCUUCUCCAAGAAGUUUGUUAGAAGGUAGUUAGUUAGUUAGUCAAGUUGUUAGAAUAGUUGCUGACUCACUGUGUAUAUAAACACUAGCUCCUCUUAUUUUUCAUUUGAUUGAUUCUGUUUUGAUUAAUGAGAAUGAGUUCUCCUCUCUCUUGAAUCAAUUUCUGUUUCUCAAAUUCCAAAUUCUAUAACCUACAACGACUAAUGUUUACCGCUAAUAAUCUAGUAGGUGACAUCCACCCAAUAAUAAGUACGCUUAUUAAUUGCAGUAAAUUGAAAGAAUUAGACUUAGGAAGUAAUUACUUUACAGGAAUAUUACCCAAAUUUGUAGCCAAUCUUUCAACCAAUUUACGUUGGCUUUCGCCUCAUUGAAAAACCUUUUGCAUAUUGAUCUUUCCAACAACAAUCUUUCUGGACCUGUUCCAACCAAAGGAGUUUUCUUAAAUGCAAGUGCGAUAUUUCUUUUCGGCAAUAGUAGACUUUGUGGAGGAAUCCCUCAGCUAGAUUUCCCAAGAUGUGAGGAGAAACAAACGAAGAAAAGAAGAAUUUCUCAUGCUCUCAAGUUGAAAAUUAUGAUAAUUUGUGCAAUUGUUGGGGUACUCGCCAUUGCCACAUGCAUAUGGUUGUACAUAAGAGGUCAUGCAAAGAAAAAAGAGUCUAUUUCACCGUCAAACGCACUACAACAUGCUACUCAAAGCAACUGAUGGGUUUUCUUCAAGAAAUCUACUUGGUUCGGGUUCUUUUGGUUCUGUGUAUAAAGGAAUGUUGGACGGGAAGAUGAUUGCCGUAAAAGUACUCAACUUGCAACAACGAGGUGGGUCUAAGAGUUUCAUGGCAGAGUGUGAGACGUUGAAGAAUAUUCGCCAUCGAAAUCUGGUUGGGAUACUAACUGCUUGCUCAAGUAUAGAUUUCCAAAGAAACGAGUUUAAAGCUCUUGUUUAUGAGUACAUGCCCAAUGGAAAUGUUGAGAGAUGGUUAUAUGACGAUAGAAAUCUAAGCCUUCUUCAAAGGUUGGAUUUAGCCAUUGAUGUGGCUCAUGCACUCAAUUAUCUCCAUCACGAGUGUGGUAACCUGAUUGUGCACUGCGAUCUUAAACCAAGCAACAUAUUGUUGGAUAAUGACAUGGUUGCCCGUGUAGCUGACUUUGGGUUAUCAAAGGUUCUUUCUCAGCCUCUACACCCAAAUCAAAGCAGUUCAAUUGGUGUUAGAGGAACUAUUGGCUAUGUUGCUCCAGAGUACGGAGUGGGAAGUGGAGCCUCUCCUGAGGCCGAUAUUUACAGUUACGGAAUCCUACUGCUUGAACUCGUGACAAGAAGAAGACCUACCGAUUAUAUGUUCAAGGAAGGUUUCAACCUCCAUAUGUAUGCAAAGGCUGCAUUGCCUGAUCAAGUGUUGCAAAUUGUUGACUCAACACUUAUGGAGGAUGAAAGUGACGACGAAGCUGGCGAAAUGGAGCCAAGGACUCAACAAGCAAUGCUUCAAAAAAGAGAGGAGUGCAUGAUGUUAAUGGUAAAGAUUAGAGUUGCUUGCUCAAGUCAUUUGCCACACGAACGAAUGAAGAUAAAUGAAGCUUUGAGUGUGCUACUAAAAGCUAAAAACAUGCUUUGUAGUCCCAGACAUCGGGGUAACUUUCCAAGGGGAGCAUGAUGGAAUUGAGCACUACGCAAGAUAACAAAGGGUGUUGAGGACACAAAUGGAAUUGAGCAUUACUCCAGACUCUACCCAAAGUAUUAUGUUAGUUUUCAGCAACAGUGCAUAGAGCUCACUCAAAGCUUUCAUGUAGCUCUAUAUCAUAUUUUUAACAUUACCUUAUGUAAUUCAAAGUAUUAUUUAUUGCAACUAAAAAAUAAGGCAAAAUUCUACAAUUGUUGUGAUUGAAAAAUAAGCCGAGAUUUUACAAUUUAAACUUUGAAAAGUCAAAUUAAUGUUGCGUUU